AUGGGGACCUGCAGCGGCAAGGAAAGCACCCAGGCUAUUCCCCCAGGCGAAGCCGUGGUGGCAAAAGAGCCGGAAGCGGCCAAGCCCGAAAAGUUGAAGGACGCCACUGAAGAAGAGGUUGUUGUCAAACAGGGGCCCAACCGCAUGCACAUGAGGAAGCUGGUCCCUCGCCCGACGCCGGCAGUGCCACCUCCGGAGCACGACUUCCAGCCCAGAGCUGUUUCCAGCCCACCCAAAGCGGUCAGCCUGUACGAAGAUGCGGAUUUCCCUGCCUCCAAUGCCAGUAUCGGUGCAGUGACGGGCGAUGCGGCCAACCCCCUUGUCUCAGAUUACUUGCAGGAGGCCAUGAAGCUCAUUGUGCCUGGCUGGGCGAGACCGCGGCAGAUGAUCGGCAAGGAAGCAGGAGACUACCGGCUCUUUGCCACGGAGGGUGAGCCUUGCCUCUUCAAGAAUGUCUCUCCAAGAGACAUUGAGCAAGGCUACUUGGGGGAUUGCUGGCUCGUCGCAUCCUUUGCCGCCAUUGCCGAGUACCCGGAUCGACUGCGAUCUCUCUUCAAGCAGAACACCCUCACAGAAGAUGGCCGCUACGACGUGCGCCUUUACGAUCCCAAGUCUGAGGAGUGGAAGGUGGUCACAAUUGACGAUCGCCUACCCUUCUGGAAGAGAGCAGGAAAGCACGGAAAUCUGGUCUUCGCCAAGCCCACGAAGGAAAAUGAGUUCUGGACGUGUCUGCUAGAGAAGGCAGUCUCAAAGUUUGUCAAGUCCUAUCAUAGGAUUGAUGGCGGUUGGGAGUCUGUCGCAUUGGAGAUGCUGACGGGCAAGCCGUCACUCUGCGUCAGUCUCAGCCCCUUUGUAGGCGGCACGCAUGCGCCGUACACCAUCCUUUGCGGUAAGGACCAGGCUUCAGCCAGCCAUGCCACAGUAUACAUGCGACUUGAGAGUUAUGAUGGAGCCUGGGACUACUGGACCCAAGAUGCUUCCGUCAUGUGUGAGGGCCAGACGGAGCUCAGCGACAACUGGCUCUGGUCCAGGCUGAUGUCUUGGAGUUCAGAAGGGCACAGCAUGGCUUGUGACUCACGCCAAGCCUACAAGGGCAUUUUGGCGAACCAUGCCUACACGCUGCUGAGGAUGCUGGAGGUGCCAUACACCCGUGAGGGCAAGUCCCACACGCUCAGGAUGCUGCACGUCCGCAACCCGCACAGGACCAACGAGUGGUUCGGCCGCUUCCAUGAUGACGACUGGGAGACCUGGAACAAGUUCCCCGAGGCCAUGAAGGCGUGCGAACACAAAGUAGGGAUCAAGGACAAUGGAGUCUUCUGGAUGGAUUGGGAUGAGUAUAAACAGGGCUUUGCCCACCUCGUGGUCAACUUUGACAAGGCGCGAGAUGGGCCUCGCUACACCGACACGUCUCCGGAGGCACAGAAGGAGCAUCGGGAUGUGCAGUUUGGGCAGGUUGGCCACCAAGCUUGGGGAGGAAUGUAA